AUGAUGAACACCGUUUCAACAGUCAAAGCUGUGCUUCUGGAUGCAGAGGAGAAACAAGCUGCAGGGAACCAUGGAGUCAGAGAUUGGCUCGGAAAGCUAGAUGAUGCCAUUUAUGAUGCGGAUGACUUGCUGGAUGCUAUUUCCACUGAAGCUCUACGAAGGGAAAUAAUGACUCAUGAUAAGAAGGCGAAAAAGGUACACAUUUUCUUUUCCAAAUCAAACCAGCUUGCCCAUCGUCAUAAAAUGGGCCAUAAGAUUAAGAUGAUAAGAGAGAGGUUAGAUGCCAUUACUGCAGCUGCUAGGGAUUUCCACUUCAAGGUGCGCUAUGCAGAGACACAAGUUAGGAAUAGGGAGAGAGAUAACACUCAUUCUUUUGUACGUGCGGAAAAAGUUAUUGGUCGAAAGAAUGAUAAGAACGCAGUUAUAGACUGUCUGGUGGACUCCAACGUUGAAGAGAACAUUUCAAUCCUUCCAAUUGUUGGCAUCGGUGGAUUAGGAAAGACUACAGUGGCUCAACUCAUAUUCAAUGAUGAGAAAAUUGAAAAGCAUUUUGAGCUAAAAAUGUGGGUGUGUGUCUCCGAUACCUUCCAUGUUAAAAAUAUUGUUGAAAAGAUCUUGGAAUCUACAACAAAGAAGAAACUAGAAACAAUUGAAAUGGACACACUGAUAGGUCAUCUUAAAGAAAAGAUCGAUGGAAAGACAUACUUACUUGUGUUGGAUGAUGUGUGGAAUGAGGAUCAUGAAAAAUGGUCUCGCUUGAAAGAAUUGUUGAUGGGUGGAUCAAGAGGAAGCAUAAUAUUAGUGACUACACGCAAUGAAAGCGUUGCAAGGAUUACUGGGACAAUUCAAUCAUAUUCCUUAAGGGGUUUAGAUGAAGACGCGUCAUGGUCUUUAUUUAAGCAGAUAGCAUUUGAGAAAGGACAAGAGCCAGAGAAUUCAAGAAUUGUUGCAAUUGGGAGGGAGAUCCUAGAGAAGUGUUUAGGUGUCCCUCUAGCCAUAAGGACAAUCGCAAGUUUACUACACUCUAAAAAUCCAGAAACAGAGUGGUUGUCUUUUAAGAAUAAUGAACUCUCAAAAAUGUCUCAGAAAGAAAAUGACAUCUUACCAACUCUAAAGCUGAGUUAUGAUCAACUUCCUUCACAUUUGAAGCAUUGUUUUGCUUAUUGUAGUUUGCUUCCAAAAGAUUACAAGAUUGAUAGAUCAACACUGAUUAAGCUUUGGAUAGCACAAGGGUUCGUCAAAUUAUCAGAUCAAAACUGA